AUGCGGUUAGGAGACAGCAGGUGGUGGGAGGUGCUACCAUUCUGCUCAACCUCCGCCUCCACCUCCACCAGCACUAACAGCACCGUCACCGUCACAAGAACUCUCUUGUUCUUUCCAUUCUUUUUCCUCGUUUCUCCUCCUCCCGAUGCCUCCCUUUCGUUUUCUUGUUCUCGUGCUGUUGCUACCACCACUUCUACCACGGUAACGACAAUGGCGUCUUGCGUCUCUACUACGACUACGACUACGACGAUGACACUGGCGAGGCUAAAUGACGAUGAUUAUUAUCAUCAGAAUCAUCCUUUGUUUUCUUUCGCCGCCUGUUUUCGAAGUUUGUUUGUUUCUUCUUCUUCUUCUUCUUCUUCUUCUUCUUCUUCUCUCUCAGUCUUUUUCGUUCGUUUUCAUUUACUUUUGCUUCUCCCCCCUCCUCCUUCUUUUUCUUCUGUUGCUUCUGUUAUCUCUUCCUACUCCCUUUUUGAAUAUUCUUCCUUCUCUCCUCCUUUUAUUCUACGCUUCUUCUCCUCCUCUACUUCCUCUUCCACGUGCCCAUUCUUCUUUCGUUCUACUCUCCUCUUUAUCACCGUUUUUCUUUUGCUCCACAAUUUCUUUUUCCCUCAUUGUCCUCUUCCUCCUCCUCCUCCUCUUUCUUCUUCUUCUUCUUCUUCUUCUUCUUCUUCUUCUUCUUCUUCCAAGUACGACUACCAGCGGUUCACCUAUUGA